UUGAAAUAUUUUUAAUAAAAAAAUAUACAUUUAAAUUUCGCACAUGUGUUUUCAUUGAAAAGUUUUUAAGAACCAAUGUGGGAAUUUAUUGGCGUUCUUGCUACGAAAAAUUAUACAAUAUGUUUACAAUCUCAGUUUCUUGAACAUUAAAUAUCAUACAUACGAGUAUGUACGGAUGUUCAUUUAUGUGGGCUUCAAUGAAUAAUAUAAAAAACCUUGGAUAAUUUAACAUCGGAUUUUCUUGUCUGAUUGCCACUUAGGUAGUGUAUGUGUGUAUAUGUAUGUAUGUAUAGAAGGAGGUGUGAAGACAGGAAUAAAACGUUUAUUCCAAUUGUGUAAGAUAAACAUGCAAUUAUUUGGUAUUGAUCAAUAACAAUAAAAACAUAAUUUCGUAAACAUUUGACAGUUUUGUUGUAAUAUAUACAUCUAUAUAAAGAUAUGUUACAUAAUAAAAAUAACUAUCUACUACUAAGUGUGCGGGGAUGUACAUACUUAUAAUCGAAAGCAUUAUAAACAAUGAAAGUAUGCUUUAUUUAAGUUAAUAAAUUAAUCCUUAUUAAAGUAACGAAUAUAUUUUAAAUUACAAUUUUUGAUAGCUUUCUAAAUAUAAAAAAUAACUAUUCAUAUUAUCCUAUCAAUUAUGGCAAUUGAAAAAAAAAAUUAAUCUCUCAGUGUAAUAGAGUGUACAAUAUUCUUGGUUAGUCCAUCUUUAGCCAACACAAACAAACUGGAGGGUUGUCCCACGCGAGAACAUGCCACAUAUAUUUGUCCGUGGGAAAAGCAUGGUGUUUCCAAAUCUAAGCCACAUACAGACAAUGUCUGGCCUUGUGACUUAUUGAUCGUGAUAGCGAAUGCCAAUCUAAUGGGGAAUUGGGCGCGUUUGAAUUCAAUUGGCACAUCUGUGGUAACCAUAGGGAUUCGUGGUAGCAACACAUUUUCGCCUUGAAACUUGCCAUUCAAGAUGAUGGCUUCAAUGACGUUUUUUAUUAAUUUUUUAAUGACUAACCGUGUGCAAUAUGCCGAUAUGCAUAUUGUGUGUGUACGUCGGGAAAUACAUACAUAUGUAUGUGAUCGAUGAGAGUAUUUUGCGAGUCGAUGAUUGUGCAGAAGUCCGUCUGUAAUUUGAUGCAUCCAGUAUUUUCAUGUACAUCAACUUUCCCAUCAACAAUAUCUAACAGUUGUUUAGAGAAAUUUUCGGCGGAUGGAUCCUGAAGCAUUUGAACGCGCAUGUUCACCGUCAGUUGUACUUUUUCAACAUUACGCCAUAGUCGCGAUGAUUUUAAGCAAGCAUUAAUUUCAUCAGCGUACGUUGAACGUGGAAUAACGGGAAGUGUUUGUCUAAAACCACCAGAAAGGAGUAACAAAGUGCCGCCAAAUAGUUUAUCAUUGAUUUUUAUCUCCUUUAAUGUCCUAUCUAAUGCCUCAAGCGAGUGUUUGUGUGCCAUAGUGCAUUCAUCCCCGCUGCAUCUGGAUUAUUUUGAAUGUUCAAUGGCAGCUUAAAUGCCAAAUGAUCCAUCUAAUAAAGUUGCUGCAAUGCCAGAAGAUGCAACGGCCAAUGCGAUGUCAUUUUUGGAUCGUAUCUCUGCCAUAAGUAACGAAAUAAGAAAUGUUUUGCCAGUUCCACGUGAUGCAUUCAAAAAAAAGAAUCCUCUUUGUCCUGUCGAAACUGCCAGCAUGAUGCGGCCGUAAACAAUUUUUUGUUCAUAAUUUAGUAGUGGAACAUUGCGACUAACAAUGCCUGCCAUUUCUACAGUAUCGUACUGUAGUUCACGAUUGAUAUCUGUGUUGAGUAAAUCAGAUGCACUUCGAUUCGGUGAGCUCAUACCGAAAUGACUGAUUGGCAAAUUCGCAAUAGCAAUGCAAAGAUCCUCGAUAGCAAUCAAUGCUUCAUUGUACAUUGCAUCACUGAAUGAUAUCGUUAGAUCAUUGCACCUUGUACGAUGUCGAUACAAUAUAUCAUCAGUCAUUGAAUCUUUGUGAUUAUCCCACAAUAUUUGUGCUCGGGCCGGGAACAAUGUAGUCAGUACUAUAACAAAUAGUAGACGAAUUUGUGAUCCUGAGCAGUUUAAUGUUGCUUCAGCAAGCGUACUGUCCCAAUGAUUGUCGUCUUCUAGCAAGCCUAGAGCAAGGCAUGCAUCUUUAUACGUAGGAUACUGUUGUCCAUCUACCUUACGUAUAUCUUGAAAUGACAAUGGCCCGGUGACAUUAACCAACAAUAGUCGCAGGUAAAAGCACUCAGUCUGCCUUGGAUUGACUGUAUAUACACGACAAUUUGGUAAUUCGUAAUUUCACCUUAGGAGGAUGAAAAAUAGAUGUUGUCCGAUUCUCCACCCUAGCCGAUAUGCAUGCUAAGAUUCACGAAAAUCGGCCGAGCGGUUUCAGAGGAGUGCAACAACUUACACCGUGACACGAGAAUUUUAUAUAUUAGAUAAAUUGUACAGCGAUUGCCUAGGUCCGAUUUAAGAUUAAAUAAAGCUUCGCCUUCGACAUCAUCUUACGGCAGGCCCUAUGUUGUUUCGACGGGGUCGGUUUUCGUAUAGGUGGUUGGUUGUUCAUAGAGGUCUGUUUGCAAGGAGAUGAAUAGGAAGUUAUCUCGUGCUUAUAUCCCAGGAUAUUAUUAGCGCAGGAAAUGCAUCAAUUUACACUAGGAAUUCUGGGCAACAUAUAUACAAUCGUACCUACUUAGAAAUUGUCUAAUAUUUAGGUGGGAUGUAGUGCAGGUCGCCUCCACGCUGGUGCAUCCUGGGUAACGCUAAAUGGCCUGCGGCCUACACGGCCUGACAACUCCCUUACGACCUUGGCACUGAACUGGCUUUUUGUAGAGUAGGUAAUCUGAUUUGGAUCUGGUAGAACCCUGGGCUGGUGGUGGCGACAUUCUGGCACCUGAGUAUGAUGGGGUGACACCCAUCAGAAAUGGCUGCUGGGCUAAUGUCGCAACUGCCUCCGUCCCGUUAAAACCCUGGCAGGCCUCAGAGUACGUUCCCCCCCCGUCGUCGUUAAGUUGGCGUGGUAGGUGUAAGUUGAGAGUACUCCUUCUUUGCGCUGGUCGGCUCUGAACGUAUUGCCUCAUAAGGGCGUACGUCAACCCUCGCCUUGGCCUCGUCACUGAGAUAACCUUGGGACCACAAAAGGCGACUACCUUCCGGGGGACGGAUAGCGGCUCUGAGUGGGGACCCUCUUAGCAUGGACAAGUCAUUCACAAACAAACCAACAAACACAACAAACGGAAAGACGACGAAGGAAGAUGAAGGGACGUCGAAUUCGACACCCGGAUUCGUUCCAGGCGGGGCUGCUGCUCCUGUGGCGACGAAACCGUCGCUGAGUAGCUGCAGCGACAGGACAAAGCCCUCGACAGUAGUCUCCUCAUCAGGUGGAAGAACGGGGGGAGCCGGCGCAAAACCGCCGGCUAAAGAGGUAGUGAAGGGUGGAGCCUUCGUGCACGGCGGAAUCGCUAGCACUAGCAGAGGAACUUCUGCUAGAAUUACGAAGGGGUCCACGGGGGCCACUAGCAGGGGAGCUUUAGCUAGGAAGCUGAAGUCGGACCGUCGACUGGCGGCAAAAAUUGUAGAACGCUACGAUGGUAAGCAUGCUGGUCAGGUGUCUGAGCAGCAUGCAAACACGCUCGAAUGGGCUAAGAGGAUUCUGAGUGAGAGCGAGACCGAUAGGUCACGACUUGAAACGAAGAUACCUGAACCAGCGGUUAAGCGGCAAAGGUCGCAUGAGGGAGAAACCUCCCUUGGUAAGAAACCGCGAACGGGGGCUGCGCCAACUUUUAGCGAAAUUGCUAAAAGCGCUGGCGCUAGAGUACUUGGUGUGCUCGACCGUAGCAGGGAGGACGGUGCCAUCUCCCACGAAGAGUGGAAGAGAGUAGCGGCGGCUAUCUCUUCAGUCUUCCUCAAGGUGGUUAAGGGAAAUCCGGGGCCACCCCCAAAAUGUGUAAGUGCCGGUUGGCACCAUGGGCUGCACAAGCUGACAAGGUGUGCCGAUGAAAGAUCGGCCAUCUUAUAUAAGGAGGCAGUAUCUCAGGUGGGGGAGGUGUGGAAGGGAGCCAGACUGGAGGCCGUGGACAAAGCGGACCUUCCGCUUCGCCCUAGAGCUCGCGUCUGGUUGCCGGCUGAACCUUCCACUGCGAAUGAGAUUGAGGAAAUCCUCAAGUACUGCAACCCCUCACUUCCCACGCAUGACUGGAGGGUUAUAAGGCUGGAGAGAACCGAUGAACCAUAUCGGCAGGCAUUGAUAAUGCUUAACGAGGAGUCCAUCGGUCCUCUCAGUAAAACCAAGGGAGCCAUCAGCUAUGGUUUCGAAAUGGUGGUGCUAAAGGUACUCCCAACGAAUACCAGGGCGGAUGGCACCCAAGCUGCAGAUGCGGGGGAGAGGGCGGACGGCGUUAGCGAUGGUCAAACGACCAUGGAAAAUGACCCAAACCUCUCGGACGUGGCGAGUUCUGGAGGCGGUUCGUCGAUUGGCGAUUCCGUCUUCAGCCUCGAACAGCUGUUCGAGGAGGUGAGGGUCGACCACGACAUGAGUGCUGAACUGGCGCUCCUAGAGGAGAGUCUGGGGGAUGAAAUUCCUCCAGAUUAAUCUCCAACACUCAAAGGCGGCCUCCGCCAAUCUACUGCUUCGUCUGGAGCAAGACGAAGCCGAUGUCGUCCUAAUCCAGGAACCGUGGCUGACUAGUAGCGGGAUCUCUGGCUUGAGGACGAAGAGCCAUAAGCUGCUGGCGACCAACGAUCAAUGCUGACAUAGUAACAGCAAAACUGGAAUGCGAUACCGGAAAUGUCUGGAUCAUCUCUGCAUAUAUGCCGCAUGAUGAUGCGGUGGAACCGCCUCCCGCACUGCUAAGGAGAACCUUGGCGGAAGCGUCUCG